UCUCUCUCUCUCUCUCUUUGGGCUUCAACGGCUUUCUCGUCUGCGCAAAUUUUUAAAACCCUAAAUAAUUUUCCCGGAAAAUUCCAAAUUGUGAAUGGAAGAUUCACCAAUAAACCUCACUUGAAAAACGUAAAUUGAACAAAAAUUGAACAAAAAUUUCAGUGAGGUGAUAAGUCGGAGAGGGACAAUGGCAGAGGUCGAUCUGACGAAGAAAGUGGCGGAUAGGUAUCUGAAGCGCGAGGUUCUUGGUGAAGGUACCUAUGGAGUCGUCUACAAAGCCAUCGAUACGAAGACGGGACAGACUGUUGCUAUUAAAAAAAUUCGUCUUGGGAAGCAAAAGGAAGGGGUGAAUUUUACAGCACUUAGAGAAAUUAAACUGCUUAAAGAGCUGAAGGAUCCGAACAUUAUUGAGUUGAUUGAAGCAUUCCCGCAUAAAGGAAACUUGCAUCUUGUAUUUGAGUUCAUGGAGACGGACCUUGAAGCUGUUAUACGUGACCGGAAUAUAUUCCUAUCACCAGCUGACAUAAAGUCAUAUCUUCAGAUGACUUUAAAAGGACUUGCUGUUUGCCACAAGAAAUGGGUUUUACACAGGGAUAUGAAGCCUAACAACUUGUUGAUAGGAUCUAACGGGCAGCUUAAACUGGCAGAUUUUGGUUUAGCACGUAUAUUUGGGAGCCCAGAUCGCAGGUUCACUCAUCAGGUCUUUGCCCGUUGGUAUAGAGCACCUGAGUUGUUAUUUGGCACCAAGCAAUAUGGACCUGGGGUAGAUGUUUGGGCUGCAGCUUGUAUAUUCGCUGAACUUCUCCUACGCAGACCCUUUUUGCAGGGAUCAAGUGAUAUUGAUCAACUAGGAAAGAUUUUUGCGGCUUUUGGGACUCCAACUCCUUCUCAGUGGCCUGAUAUGGUUUACCUCCCGGAUUAUGUGGAAUACCAAUAUGUUCCAGCACCCCCCUUGCGUUCAUUGUUUCCAGUGGCUAGUGAUGAUGCCCUAGAUUUGUUAGCGAAGAUGUUUACUUAUGACCCCAAAGCUAGAAUAUCCGUACAGCAGGCAUUAGAGCACAGGUACUUUACAUCUGCGCCUCUUCCUACAUAUCCAGAUAAGCUUCCUAGACCUGCUCCAAAGCGGGAGUCUAAGGGUUCAGAUUUUAAUCCAAAUGAUGGUCCUACUGUGUUAUCACCUCCACGAAAAUCACGGAGAGUGAUGCCAGAGCGUGAUGGUUUUGAAGGAAAUUCACACGUUGAUAAGAUUGAUGAUCGUUUCGGUGAAGCCAGACAUGCUGCUGGUGAAAAUACAAGCAGGAAUGAACCGGUGCCGAUGUCAGUUGAUUUUUCUAUCUUUGGAGCAAAACCUCCAAAUAGACCUACAAUUAAUAGUGCUGACAGAACACAUCUAAAGAGGAAACUAGAUCUUGAAUUUCAACAGCCCGAAUAAGAACAUUCUAUGCACAGAAUCAUAUACCGUAUUUGUUUGAAAGAUGUAAGAUUGCGGGUCUCACAUUGAUGAGGUAUGUUGCUAAUGUUCGAAGUAUGUCUUGAUACGCAGUAGUCUUCGUUUCAUUUUAUACAUCUGCUUUCAAGGUUUUCAAUGGCUUUCGUUUGUUGAGAUGACAGUGGGGGAGAUAACAUUCGGUGAUGUCGAAGAUAAUCAUGAUGCAGAUAAUUAUGUUUGGAGGCAUAAAAAUAAUUUGAUGAUAUUCGAAAAUUUGUACCUAGCCCAUGUAAGGCUAAAUUUUGAGAGCUUUUUGUGUUGUGUUGCUUCAUUGUUUUCGGUGUCUAAUUGUUGUGGGUAAUUACUGAUUGGGUGCCAACAUUCAUACUGUUAUCGAAUUUACAUACGUUGUAUUUUUUAAGAUGAAAGGCAAUGUAAUGGAUUCACGUUGUCUUUUUGAUUCA